AUGAAGCCACUGAAAGCCUUGACAACCUUUGAAGCGCGAUUAGGGCAUCAGUCUAAGAAAAAUGGCACAGGAAAAUUGAACAACAAUGUUGGUUUGGAGGGUGUUUAUGAUAUAUCAGCUCUGUUCUAUAGCGCAGGUGGACGUGCAAAACAUUUACUAUGUUCCUUGAUGGAAGGUGUCUUACGAGGGUCCUUUACAAAGCGUGACCUUCCUCUUUGGUGUCUGUGA